AUGAGGUCGAGUGUGCUUUUUAUAGUUGCCCUUGUGCCGAUGCUCUUGUUAGCAUGGCCUGCAGCACAAGAAGUCGUCCAUGGUCAAGAGGCCUUGGGGCAAUGCCUCACAGUUUGCUUCCAAGAAAUGACUUCAUGCAUGGAUUGGUGUUCCGACAGAAGCCAAGCACCAGAUGCAGAGGAAAAUUGCUAUAAUGAAUGCAUCGAUUAUAACAACGGAUGCAUGGACAAUUGUACUUGCUGA